AUGUUGCAGAAGGUUGCGUGUUCAUCCUACAUCCGCUCCACCCUCAAAUCGGACCUUGGCUGCUCUGUCGCUGAACUGGUAUUCGGCGCCCCUGUCCGACUUCCCGGUGAGCUGAUCUCGCCAUCUCCUCCAGGUACGGUCGAGGAACCUGCCAACCUUCUGCAUCGCCUCCGGCAGUUUCUGCGGACGCUAUCCCCGGUUCCGCCCAGGCUUUCUGUCUCCGAAUCUUAUCUCAAGAAAGACUUGGCGACCUGCUCGCACGUCUUUCUACGAUGUGAGCGAGUACGGCGGCCCUUCAAACCACCCUACGAGGGACCCUUUCGUGUCAUCUCGCGAGGGACGAUUAUCUACCGCAUCCAGCGUGGUACGCGCGAGGAGGUCGUGAGCGUUUACCGGCUCAAGGCUGCUGUCCCGGACACUUCGCUGGGCGAGCCCUCUGACAUCAAUCCUGCCUUUGGUGUUAAUAACCGCCGCCUCCGGUCUUGCCGGGAGGCACUGUGGGAGUCUGCCGCUGAGUCGAUUCACGCUGCUUUCCUUUAUCACGCUAGCUAUCUACUCGCAUGUGACCAACUCCCCGUUGUCAACCGCUGCGAGAGGCCGCGAUCUCCUAGUGGCCCCAUGUUCUCCCGUCUGCUUGCCACUCAAGCGCACACUCACUGCCGUAGGCCGGAGGUACGCGAUACCCAAUAUCCCCGUGAACUAUUUAUGCGGAAUGGCUAUCCAAAGGGCAUUUACAAACCCCCGCCUACGCGUUCGGCCCCGGAGGAUCCAAACGGAAGAACCACCGAUGAUAUGGUACGCCCUGCCAUGUGUCAAAGACAUCUCAGAAGCGACUGA